CCAAGAGCCGCGCAGUAUGGCGUGGACACUAGCCUUUUGGCUACUGGCCGCAUUGGUCCUUGACCCGGCUAUGUCAGAACGACAUUAUGUGUGUGAAGACGAAACGAUGCUUAUUGACUGCAAAGGAAAGUACAUCAACAUUCAUGGCGCUGUAUGGGGUAACAUGAACCCCAAACUUUGUCCAGAUAUGGAAGCCGAAAUCAAUGGAAUCGAACCUCAGCACUGUAAAGCAGACUUGUCUUGGUUCGCAGUAGCCUUCCAUUGCCAGGGACAGCAAAGUUGCAAACUUCCAGCUAGGAAUACGACUUUCUUCAACGUGGACCCGUGCGCGGGAACCCGCAAGUACCUGGAAGUCAGUUUCGAAUGCAUGGAGACCGAGCAGAAGUGUGAAUUCAGAGGCAAGUCCUAA